AUGCCUGCCGAUGACCCGUUUUCGUUUCUGGCUGCGGAGCAGCCGAAGCCCGUUAAGGAAAAGAAGCCUCACUGGAGGGGCAAACUAUUCUCCAAGGACAGGAAGGAUCGUUCCACCCCCGACCAGCAGAUGCAGAUCCAGGACUUCCUCGCCUUCAACCGUCCUACUCAAGACAACUUUGCCUGGACCAAGGCCGACUCCAGAGACGGCCCGCCCACCGUUUCCACCCAUCAGGUCCCGUCCGUUCAAGAUGUCGCCCAUAUCCCUACACCCUCAAUCCCGCCCCCAUUGAACGAGAAUUAUUCCGCCUUCAACUUCGCCAGCAAUGCGCCGCCAGAGCCCCGUGAAUUGCCCCAGACACCGACGAUCCCCUAUAAACCGCGCAAGGGCAAGGGACUUCGCGUGGGCUUCUCCGAUCGCGCCCCCGAAGUAAUCGGAGAAGGAGGCGAUGAGACGGAGACCCCCACUAUGGAGAUCUCCUUGUCGCGCAAACAGUCGCGCGAUAGGCAGGGGGCGCAGCCCCAAAGAGCUCCGUCGCGCUCGCCGAACCCGUCGCGUUCGCAUCUGCCCGCGCUGACGGUCAACACCUCGCUGGGCGAUGGUGAUGUGCAAUCCCGCCGGCCAGGGCCCCUGCACGACCGGCGGGGCGGGACAAGUCCCAGCUCGAGCGGGAAGCCGCCACUCAUGCACCACCCGCAGGAUGAGGCCCUCCUCAGCACCCUGCACAUGGAAAAGCCCGGAUCGCGUCUAUCUUUUCGAGGAUCGCCAGACUCGCAUUCGUUUGCGGAGCGCGUGCGGGACCAGAUGCAGGCUGAGGAAGGCCGUGCUUUGCAUCAUCGCUACGACGACGAUGUCACAUCCCCGGCGGAUGACAACGACACUGAUAUCUCGAGCCCGGAGCCACCGCCAUCGCACAGCCCCAGGAGUCCCAAUGAGUCAAUGUACGAGUCGAUCUACGAGACGCCGCCCAUGGCGGCCAUGGCCCCCUCUGUCAAGUCGAUGGUUCAAUCCAUUCGCAACCCUCCCAACCCGGCUGUACACCGCGGUCCGCCCACUCUCAGUCCAGUCGAUCCCCGCAUACCUCCCAAUCUCACGCCAGGAAGCCCGGCAAAGGCUUCGUCCGGAGCUCCCAAGGUUCCUACGCACGAGCCGCAGCCACUAGCUCCUCCGAUGAACAAGCUAGCAUCUCCAUCGACUCGGGAGCUCCCGCGCAGUCCUCAACCACCAUCCGUGAGCCAGCUUGCUUCUCCAUCCAGCGGAUCCAGCCGAGAACCGUCCCGAAGCCCCCAACCGCCCAAGUUCUCUUUGCGAUCCGCGGCCCAUCAGGUUGGCGACAACUCCUUUACCGAGUUUAAGGAUUAUAUUGCCAGAUAUGACAGCCUCCUGCGCAUGGCUGCUGAGAAUGUCAAGCCCCUGGUCGAGACUUCUCUGGCAGAAUGGAUCCGCGCUGCGGCGUGGUGGUUCUUACGAGGCAAAACGCGCCUGGAGACUUAUGCGCGCGCGCGCGCAACAGCACCCGCGAGCUACGCCAAACAGGCGGUUAUUGACCUGGGCAAGGCCUUGUGGAUCAAUGAAAACAUCGUACCGGAGCAUUACGAGCUCUCUCGAUAUGGUGCGAUGGGCAUUGAUGCCCUCUUGGCCGUGGCCAGCACUACCGGUGAUACAGAGAUGGUGGAUCUGCUCAGUUUCCACCAGACCGUCCUCAACCACCUUCGUUCACUUUCCAUGUCCAUCAAACGCAACAACAUCCUCUCUCUCAUUCUCGCCGACGACCACUCCCCCAGUCAGCUGGACACCAGUAUGUGGCUACGGUACCCCUUUUUCGCCCCCGAUGUGUCCGCUGUUCUGUCCGGUAACGCGUCGCGGUCCAUGCUAGCGGACGCGCCGGGCAAGACGCCGAGUAUGAUGUCCAUGAUGCCCCUGGGAGACACGAAUCGGUACUUCAGUUAUGGCACCAUGUUUGUGCAAGCGUGUGUGAGUUCCCGCGACGACGAGGGCCAGCAGUAUGCCAUGCCCUGCGCGUUGACGAUUAUUCGAGAGCGCUCGGAUUGGUAUGUCCAUGCCGCGAUCACGAGCCAGAGCCAGCUCGUCAAUGUCAUGAUCCAGUGCGACCGCAAGCAGGGCCCCACCUGGGACGACGUGGACUGGCAAGUCCGGUCCCAUUCGAUGCGCGUCAAGCUCCCGCGUGGAUUCGAGCUGGACGUCAUGUUCAAAGAGGAUGACUUUAAGACGCUCUGGAACAUUGUCAAGUAUACGCAGAAGUCGGAGGCGAUAUAUGGACCCUGGGACGCCGAAGGCGUUCCCUCAGAUCCUAUGGAGCGUUGUCGGAUUCGUUUGUUUGAACGGUCGGUGACGGUGACGGAGGGAACUGGCUCGCGAAACGCGCAUCGCGGAUUCAGACUUGCCGUGUUGACUAGUCCCAAGGUCAAGACGCUCAGCAACGUUACGCACGUGCUGGGUUCUGGCUCACCGGUGGUGUUUGGACUGCUGCGCGGUGAAGACGGCGCUCCCGCUCUACUUUUGAAGGUUACCGAAGAUGGACGCACCCGCUCUAUGCUCAUGACUUUCCACGAAGUGGAAGAGCGGACCAAAAUCCAUUCCGUGCUGUUGAGUAUGGUUCCUCGUGACGGCGAAACCAAGACGCGUGAAAUGUCCCUUCGGUCUUAUGCUAUUGAGGAGCCGGGGAAUCAAGCCAGUGGUCGGGCCCCGACCACCCACCUCCGAUUCCCAGCCGGCAAUGCUGCCGUGAUUGACCAGGAACAUGCCUUUGUGGAGCAUGGGUACGGCCCGACUAUUCUGUCGGAGCAUCUGAGAGCAUUUAUCGCCACGGAGUGGGGGUCUGUUACAGACCGUAUCAAUUUAGGACCUGGUGAGCUUAAGCUAGGGCUGGAUGUAAAUCGGAUCACUGGCAUGAGCGUGUUCCGCCCCGCCCAGCAGGAUCUGACGGUUUCCCUGGCGGAUAACCUCAUCCCCUCCGAAAUGCCGGAGCAAGUGUCAGAUUUCCUGCAAAAGGUCACUGCUAAACCUAUGGUCCGCCGGUUAGAGUUUGGUUCCAUGCAGGAUCUCCAUGCCUUCGAAGAAGCGGUAACUGGAUUCAAAGUUAUUUUCGAUGGAAUCGCCUCUUCCUUCACCAUCUCUCGCCGGCGUAUGGUCGUCCCUAUUUACAAGAAAUGGGAAGCCAGCCUGGCUCGCAUUCAAAUUGUGCAGCAAGAGAAGAUCAUCCAAUUGAUCGCUUUCUUUGCUGAUUUCCAGCAUGGCACCUGCAUGAACUUCGUACUCAAAGGCACCGACCAUAUCGAGUCCUUCGGGCGGUCGGGCAAGUUUGGCAUUCGUAUUGUGGAUGCUAAAUUUGCGCUUCCGAAGAAGGACGACGAUCCCGGGUCCGACUUUGUGUGUCUCGAUAUGCCCGAUUAUCCAAUCGAACAUGACGAUAUUACUAUUACGUUCGAUAAGGAGCUUGACCGCACCAAUUUCAAGGUCGCACUGCCCGGAUCUGUGCGAGAGCCAUCACGCAUGGGGUCUCUGCGCCGAUAG